AUGAUUAAUACAAGUCAUUUUCAAGGUGGAACAAUAACAUAUAAAAUUAUAAAUACUUAUGGAUCAAAAGUAUCUAUUAUGAUAACACAAACAUAUAUAUACAAAUGGCCAUUAGUUUAUUGUGAUAAUUCUUAUAUAUUAUCACAAAGCACACCGAAUAUAAGUUCUUUUAAUGAAUAUAAUUAUAAACUCAAUUGUAUAGCAAAUUGUACAACAAGAGGUGGAUAUAUAGCAGUACCAGUUCGAACAUAUUGUAUAGAUUAUUCAGCAGCAAUGUCUAUAAGUGUUACACAGCGAACUGAUAUAGUUAAUAUUACGAGUGGAGCCUAUUUUAAAGUUGCUUUUGUAUCAUCGGCUUGGCGAACAUUGAGUUUACCAAUAGGAGAUCCAAUUGACAAAGGUUGGAGUAUCUCAUGCACUAUUGAUCUACGUACACGAUCAGAUACAGGUAAGCCAAAUACACCUCCUGUUGCAAAUAUGAUUUCACCUGUAUUGAUUCCUGUUGGAAUUCGACAAUCAUUGAUUAUACCAACAAUUGAUAGUGAUAAUGAUGUAGUACGAUGUCGUUUUGCUAAUACGACAAAUGAAUGUUCAGAUGUAUGUCCACCAAGUUCUCUACCUAAUAAUACAGUACUCAUAUCUUCAAAUUGUACAUUGUUGAUUACUGGUGCUCAAGUUGAUGAUUGGUAUGCUGUAGCUAUUCAAAUAGAAGAUUUUAUUUCUUCAAAUUCAACUACUCCAUUAAGUUCUGUACCAGUUCAACUUCUUAUCAAUGUAUAUGAUUCACCUAACUGCAUUAUAGCUCCUCUUCUUUACGGUCCUAAUAAUCAAACAGGUACAUGUGAAAGUAUACAAGUUGGUCAAUCACAUUCGAUUAUACUUUAUGCUGAAAAUUAUUGCUCGAAUUAUAGCGUGACAAUCGUGGAUAUUGCUACUUUAUCAUUUCCUAUUGUAAUUAAAAGUAAUAUUAUUCAAAAUACAAGUACAUUAUAUUCUGUAUCUUUAACAUGGACACCAACUAUAAAGGAAAUUGGUUCACAAAUACUUUGUGCCGUUGCAGUUGAUAGUCAAAAUGUUCAAUCAAAUCAAUAUUGUAUGACAUUCGUCGUUAGCACAAGUGGCACUCAACUAUGUCCGGGAGAAGUAUUAGAAACUUCAACAUCAUCAACAAUAACUCAAGGAAUAUUUAUUGAAUCUUCAUCAUUUAUUGAUAAUCUCACAACAUAUAUAAAUGAUAAACAAAGUUCUGCAGAUGAUACAUCAUCAAUAACUACAACUACUACGACUAUCAAUACAACUACUGCUUCAUCAUCGAAUGGACUAUCGUGGCUAUUACCUGUAAUUAUCGCUGUGGCUGCAAUAUUGUCACUUUUAUGUUGUUUAUGUUUAUGUUGUCCAUCACCUUAUGGUUUAGGAUUAUUAUAUAGAAAACAUCGUCGUGAUGUAUCAUCAGAACCAUUACCUAACACUGAUCAAAUUCAUCAACUACCAAGAGUUUAUAUGAUUUACAGACGAUUCAAUAACGAUUUCGAUGGUAUCAAUCGACCUAAUCGUAGUUUAGAAAGUUCGAGAAGUACAAAUGAAUCUGAUAUAUAUUUGGAUUUAUUUUCAAAAACACCUCGUGAUAAUAUGAAUAAAAAAGGAAACAAUGAUAGAUGGGCUUAUCCAUCGCCAAGAUUUUAUGAAAUAGGAAUAUCACGAGCUGAAUAUAGAAAUGGAAAAAACUAUAUUAAACGUCAUAAAAAUCUUAUACAAGCAUAUUCAUCAUACAAAGACAAUUAA